UUUGUUGAUCAUGCCACAAAUAUGUAGGCUAAAAAAAUUCUGUUGGAGUAUUAUUUUAUUGUGGAUAUAAUAAAAUGCAGUUUCCCUCACAAUUUAGGGUUUUCAUUCUGAGAAAAUGAUUAAAUCUGUUAAACCACAUAAACUUACCACAGUCCCAUAAAACACUGGGCGCAAAAUAUAACUCUAAAAACCACAGGCAGUGAUGAUCCCCACAAAAAAAUACAGGGGAAAUAGAAUUAAUGGAGGAAAACAAACAUUACAAACAACUUGGAAUUAGUUCAUCUUGUUGUGGCUGUUUGGAUCUAGUUUAAUUUAUGUGCCAGGCAAAGUUGUACAUUUAUGAAUUCUGCUCAUUUAGUUCCCUGUAAGUUAUUAUCAUUCCUACCACAACAAUCAUCAUUUAUUUACCUUUAUGUACUUAUAAAGCACAGGACACUGACUGAAGGCGUCAUUAACACAUUGUGAUAUCACAUGGGAAUGUUUCGUUUAAAAAAUAGAACCGUACAAAUACAUAAAGGAAUAUAAAUAUAAAUUCAAGUUUCCUGCUACAUCUUUAGGGUAUUUUGCUUGGAAUUCUAUAUGUGAAAAUAAACAUCUCUUUUGGUCUAUAUGAUUGUAUGUGUUGCAGAGUGUAAGGCCUUGAAGAGAGACCAUGCUCCCCUCAGACCUGGCUACCGCUAUGGCACUGUUAGCGCUCGCUACGGCCGGUGCCUUAGGAGGCCCUCGUAUCCUCUGUGUUCAGACGAUGAGUGGACUGAGAAAUGUCCAUCUGGCUGUCGACUGGAGGGUCUGAUAGAUGCCACAGAGAUCGCCAUCCAGAGACGCCUGGGGCAGAUCUGUUCAGUGGCUCAGGGGUAUCAGAAUGCCAUCACUUCAGCCUUGCUUAUGAACACAGCUGUGUACUACUCCCACCGCAAAAUCAUUGUCAAAAACUAUGUUGCUGAGCUGAGAUAUGCAGAGACGUUUGAGGAACUUCAGAGGAACCUGACCCUCCUGCAGAGACGCUCCACGGAUCUCUCCAGACAGCUCCAGAAGCUGCACGGCCUCGUCCGGCAACAGAUUCACGACAUGCUACGGACUGAGGUGGACAUUGACAUCAAAAUUCGAGCUUGCCAUGGGUCGUGCAAACACACCUUUGUCCAUCGCAUCGACCAUGAAGCCUACGCAGACAUGGAGAAUGAGCUGGCCAAAUUUAACCUCUUAACUGCCAAGAAAGCCAUAUUCCCCGCCGACAUAAGGAAGCUCAACUUGGAGCCACUGAUCCGUCCUCCCAUCUCCCUGUCUUACAGAGGCAUCCCGAUAGUCCGCAAGGAGUUCCUGACGCAGUUUGAAGACAUCGACUUGAACCAAGUGGUUUUAGAGGAACUUUUCAAUGACUUUGACCUGGAAGACUGAAAAUCUGAUUUUCACACCAGUUAGGCAAAAGCUGACUACCUCAAAAACUACCUCUGCAUUCUUUGUGUCAAAGAUGUCUGAAUCAUCAGGCCCAUAUUUUCUGUUACCACACCAUGUUUAUCUAUAUCAUAUGUUUACUGUGGAGGUCGGUUGGUGCAUCACAGCGGAGUGCAAACGAGUGUCUAUGUAAGUUCACUGCUUUCCAUGAACCUGAAUGUAGUGUUGUUUGUUUUUUUGUAGUGAUAUGUCUGCAAAUAUUUGUUAAAUGAAAAAUUCAUAAUGAA